GCUCUCUUCCUACGCCACCUCCUUUUCACAUCCCAUCUCCAGGCAGCGACCUCCUUGCACUGAGAGAGACACCCAGAUAACGGCAUCAUUCAAAGAGGAAAUACCAAAAAUAUAUAUAAAAAUGGCGCUCAUCCCUUCCCAGGUUUUAAGGCUAGCGAUCCUUCUAUCGUAUUUCUCCAUCCUCUGCAAUUAUAAAGCCAUUGACAUGCCUGCUCACCAAACUUACGGUGGUAGCUGGAAGUUUUUAACAUUCAUAGAUCUGGUCAUUCAAGCAGUUUUCUUCGGGGUGUGUGUACUGACUGAUCUCUCCAGCCUGUUGAUGAAAGGUAGUGAGAGUCAAGAGCAGGAGAGACAACUGAAGAAGCUCAUCAGUCUGCGGGACUGGAUGAUGGCAGUCCUAGCUUUUCCUGUUGGAGUGUUUGUGGUGACAAUGUUCUGGACCCUGUACCUCUAUGACAGAGAUCUUGUUUAUCCCAGACUUCUGGACAACUUCAUCCCGCAGUGGCUUAAUCACGGAAUGCACACCACAGUGCUACCUUUUAUCUUAAUUGAGAUGAGAACAACACACCAUCGCUAUCCCAGCAGGCUGUGUGGGCUGGUAGCAGUCUGCAGCUUUGCCAUCGGAUAUGUACUAUGUGCUCACCCUUGCAAGAGACAGACCUUUCUGUGCAACUCUCUGUACCUCCCAUCUUCAACCUGCUCAAAGGAAGCCAUCCCCUAUACUCCUGCCAUCUCGGCAAGCCACAAGAACACCAGCCCGGUUCAGAAGCUGGAUUUCUUCUAGAAUCGAACCCUCCCCAGAACUCCAGUUCCCAUUCGCUGUCGCCUCUAAGUAUCGUCACACUGUUUUCAUCUACUUCCCCAUCUCUGGAACUCUCCACAGCGACCAGCACUAUCACUCUCCUGCUCUCCAUGUUCCUGAGUCCACUCUCCCAAAUGGUUGCCUUUCUCACUUCAACUUUCUCACUUCCCAUCUCAGCAGCACCAGUCUGCUCCCAACUAAUCCAAAAACCAGAUCCAUCUGCAGUCCUACACCUCUUCUCCCAGCACAUCUUUUUUCCAAGUCAGACACAAAAGACAGCCCUGUUCGGACAACAUGGAAAUCGACCUGCUCGCUGGAGUCACCAAGCACUUCCUUCUCCUUCGGCCCUUCAUGAAGAUGUCAUCCCUCCAUGGAGUUCCAGAGCAAGCACUCCCCGGGAACCUCUCUCUCUCCUCUCCCAGAUAUUCAUAUGCAUCCAUGUCCUCUAAUCCCAUCCUUUAUCUCCAGCCUUCAUUCUCUCUUGUCCCUUCUGAGAGUCCCUCCCUGGGCUGCUCUUUUCAUUCAUUAAUAACAUGAAUUUUCUGUUCUUUCCCCCCUUUUCAUCACCUGGCAAGUUCUCAUCCUUUCCCUUUGAUGUCAAGAACUGUCUAUAGAGACAUUCAAUAUUUGAAGUGGAUGCAAGAUCCACAGUGCCUGACAUGAGAGUUUGUACUGACUGGAGAAAUUACAUCCCUCACUGCCUACUUCAGGGCACCCUGCAGACCUGCAGGAGUCUGUGUUUUCCAUAAGGUCGAGAGGACGCUGACACAACCAGUCCUAACCCAGGUCUGGCAGCACCCAGCCAAUGACACUGUUGGGAAACAGAGUGUGACACUGUUUGGGAAAUUUCAGUCCUAGUCAUCUGCUGACAUGAUUGAGGCUACACCUUGCAACAUUAAAAAUGAAGGAAAAACAUUGUAACUAUUAUUAUAACAAUUGGAAAAGACUAGAAUAUGUGUGCUAGAGUAGGGCUAGGUUGUGUGUCUAGUCCCAUAUUCAUAUUUCGUAUGAAUUCGUAUUUUGUAUUGUUUUAUUUUGUAAAAAGAAAAUGCUUAGACAGUGUGGAAAAUCUGUUAGUAACAUGACUCAGGGGACCUUCACAAAUGAAUCACUAUAAACACCUGGAACAUAAUGUCCAGGAGGUUUCCAGGCUUUAGAGACCAAAAAAAAAAAAAAAACAAGCAAA